AUGCCGUAUCGCCUCGACCUGCACGGCGGCGAAGGCGAAGAGCAUCACGUCGUCAAGUCGUGGACGCUCAUCCCGGGAAAGUACACCGUCGGGCGCAAGGACUGCACGGUGACGAUCGCGGACGACCCGUCGAUAAGCCGCGUGCACGCGGAGAUCAUCGUGAAGAAACAAAAGCCGGACGACGCCGCGCUCGCCGGGACGGUCCCCACGGUGCUCGUGCGAGACCUCGGGAAAUUCCACACGCGCGUCGACGGACGCAAGGUGGGCAAGUCCUCCCCGGACGGCGCGGUCGCGCUGCCGUGCGCGGCGGGGAAGAGCAUCGCGACCGCGACGUUGGUCUUCGGGUGCAAGACGCCGACGCCGACGACGGCGACGCUGACGCACGUCCCGAUCGUGCUCCACGUCCUCGGCGGCGAGGAGACGCGCGUCGAGAACGACGAGAUCGUCGCUCUCGCGGAGGAGACGGGGUUCGUUCUAUACACUGGUUCCCAUACGACGGCGUCGGCGUGGUGA